AUGCCGCGCCUCCGGGACCCGGAGGUGGCGGCGGUCCCUGCCGUCCUCUACAGCUACAGCAGCCUCCCGCGCACCCUCCCUGCCCGUCCCAAGUACCGACCGCCGCCGGACGCCGCCGAGUCAGGAAAGGAGCCUAUUCCUUACACCAACCUCAUGUACGACCCGAGAGUGGUGCGCGGCAACACUUACGCUCUGGAAGUCAUACCUGUGAUUACCCCACCCACUCCCUUUGAGAUUCAAAGGCAGAAAGAAGCAUGGAAAAGAGCACUGGCUAGGAAGCGUGCAAAAGAGCAAAUGCAACCAAAAACACCUGAGCCUGUGGAAGGCAGAGAGCACAUUCAGGUGCAAACAGAACUGUAUUUGGAAGAGAUUAGUGACCGGAUAAUAGAGGUUGAUGUAGAGUGUCAAACAGAUGCAUUUUUGGACAGACCACCCAGUCCAUUCUUCAUACCAGCCAAAACGGGAAAAGAUGUGGCCACGCAAUUAGCAGGAGAGUUGUUUGACUUUGACAUUGAAGUCAAGCCGAUCCUGGAAGUGCUGGUUGGGAAAACGGUUGAGCAAGCUUUGCUGGAAGUCAUGGAGGAGGAAGAGCUGGCCCAGCUGUGGGCACAUCAGCGUGCCUAUGCAGAGCUGCGCAACGCAGAGCUUGCUGAAGUACAGCGCCUGGAAGAGGAGGACAGGCGAUACAGAGAGGAGAAGGAACGUCGCAGACGCCAGCACAUGCAAAUGCUGAAGAAACAGAAAGAGACUGCAGAGAAAAUUGCAGCUCAGGCGUUCACUAAGCAUUACUUGGCUGAUCUUAUUCCCUCGGUCUUCAACAAUCUUCGUGAGGGUGGAUUUUUUUAUGAUCCUAUAGAAAGGGAUAUUGAGACAGAAUUCCUUCCAUGGCUGAUGACAGAAGUAGAAGAAGAACUAGAGGGGAAGGUUCUGGCAAGGGUAUUGCUUGACUCCUUGGUUCGUACAGUUGUUGAAAACCGCUUAGAAGCAUUUAGCUGUAAACCUCCAUCUGAUCAGCCCCAGGCACCUGCUGAAGAGCCUCAGCCUCCAGAAGAGCCUCAGCCUCCAGAGGAGCCUCAGCCUCCAGAGGAGCCUCAGCCGCCAGAGGAGCCUCAGCCACCAGAAGAGCCUCAGCCACCAGAAGAGCCUCAGCCAGCAUAUGCAGAACCCCAGAUAUCUGGUGAGACAGAUGCUACUGACCAACCAGUCACAGAGAGAGAGGAGACUGACCAACAUGUUACUGUGCAACAGUCUUCACAUCGUAUGUCUUUCCAGUUAGAAUUGGGAUAGAUUAACCUAGAGGACUGAUGUGGAUCAUUCUUGAAAAGAUGCAAACAAAUGCCGACUUGAAUAUUCAGGUUUGGAAUGUUCCAAGAGGAACCUGGAAUAUUUUAUUUUUUGUCACUCCUGCUUUGUGCUUAAUUACUGGAAAACUUACUUUAAGUGUUGAAUUAUUUUAUUUAAACAGGU